ACAGCAACUCCGGAGUUGUGCAGGGGCAGGUAAACAAAAUGGCGGCUGCCUAACAACUGAACUCCGGUAGGGAGGGAGAGGCGAUGCUGCAUGGAGCGGAACAACGACAACAGCAGCCAGAGGAGCCCGAGGAUUCCGAGCCCAUUUUGGCAGCUUUCAGAGAUUAUCUCGAGAUGGACGAGGUGGUGGAUUACAUCAGUGAGAACGACCUGAUGGGAGUGGACACUUUCAUCCACAGGAUAGACUCCACCGACGUGAUCUACCAGCCGAGGAAAAAGAGAGCAAAGAUCAUCGGCAAGUACCUGAUGGGCGACCUGCUGGGCGAGGGUUCUUACGGCAAAGUCAAGGAAAUGCUGGACUCCGAGACACUGUGCAGGAGGGCCGUGAAGAUCCUCAAGAAGAAGAAGCUGCGGAGGAUCCCGAAUGGGGAAGCAAAUGUCAAAAAGGAAAUCCAGUUGCUCAGGAGACUACGACACAAAAAUGUAAUCCAGUUGGUAGAUGUGCUGUAUAAUGAUGAAAAACAAAAGAUGUAUAUGGUAAUGGAAUAUUGUGUGUGUGGAAUGCAAGAAAUGUUGGACAGUGUCAAUGAUAAGAAAUUUCCAGUCUUUCAAGCUCAUGGGUACUUCUGCCAAUUAAUUGAUGGUCUAGAAUAUUUGCACAGUCAAGGAAUAGUCCACAAAGAUAUUAAACCAGGGAACCUUCUGCUAACGACGGAUGGCACUUUGAAAAUCUCAGACCUAGGAGUAGCUGAAGCAUUACACCCUUUUGCAGAGGAUGAUACUUGUAGGACGAGUCAAGGAUCACCAGCAUUCCAGCCUCCAGAAAUUGCAAAUGGACUAGAUACAUUUUCAGGGUUCAAGGUGGACAUUUGGUCUGCAGGGGUGACAUUAUACAACAUUACAACUGGUCUUUAUCCAUUUGAGGGGGAUAACAUCUACAAAUUAUUUGAAAACAUAGGGAAAGGGGAGUAUACCAUUCCAGAAGAAUGUGGACCGUUGUUGACAGAUUUAUUACGAGGAAUGCUUGAAUAUGAUCCUGUGAAAAGAUUUUCAAUACAACAGAUUAGACAGCACAAUUGGUUUCGAAAAAAACAUCCUCAGACAGAAAAUCCUGUUCCUAUUCCUCCAAGCCCAGAGACCAAGGACAAAUGGAGAAGUAUGACAGUGGUGCCUUACCUGGAAGACUUGCAUGGUUAUAAUGAAGAUGAAGAAGAUCUGUACAGUGAAGAUGUGGAGAAUGAAAUAAUUUAUACUCAGGAUUUUACAGUACCGGGACAGGUGCAGGUGCCUGAAGAAGAGGUUGAGCAAAACGGCCAAAACAGGAGCAAAGGCAGCCACAGAGCAAUGUGCAUGAAUGGCACAGAGGCAGGACAGUUUAACAGCAAGGUCAAAAAUGAACGGAGGUCAAGCUCUUCUUCCAAUCCAUCCCGCAAAGCCUCCACCAGUAGCAGCAAAGUUCGGAAACUCUCUGCAUGUAAACAACAAUGACCCGUCUGUAAACUCUGUGCUAGUUCUGAAGACGGGGGAUUGUGGUGCUGCUGCUGCCUCUGUUCCUGUGUGGACCAGCACCGGAAGCAAGCAACGGAAAAGAGAAGAAAGAAGCGGUGAACGAAUAAGAAACGAGCCCAACCUCCUUCCAAAAGAAAACGGCAUGCCAACCAACCAACGCCAACUAUUUGUCACACCAAACCUGAGUUUGAGAAUACAGUAUAACCAUGGAUAUUUAGAACUUUGUGCAAAGCCAAGUAGAUGCACUUUAUGCUUUAGACUACUUUCUGUUUAUACCUGCAGUAUAGUACACAUUGUGAUGUGUAAAUGCAUGCUGUAAAGGGCUUGGAGAAAGGGAAUAUAUUAUAAAGGGCAAUGGGUUGAAAAGCCUUGUGUAUGUUAACCUGCGUUGUUCUGUAGCAGGUUCACUACGAAAAUCAACAUUUACCAAAUGAAAAUGUCUUGUUGCCAAUUGUAGUUGGCAGUGACAGGAGCACGUGUAUAGUUAAAUGUACCAUUUGGGAGGAUUUUGAAAUUGUGAAGAGCUAUAAGAAAGGACCUCGGUUUACUGAAGGCCUAUUCUGAACAGUGUUUUCUUUCCACUGCCAAUUUAUCCCAGCUUCAGUCACAUCACUGUUACAAAUAAUUUCAUUUAUCAAACCAGCCCACGGUUACCUUCCCACCUGUUAGGCAUCAUGACACAAGCAUUCCCAUAAUUUGCGGUGUGCUCCUGUGCUUUACAUGCCAUUUUAAUUUCUGCCCCACCCCUCCACGGUAUUCUAUUCCAAAAUGGGAAUGCCAAAAAAAAAAAGUGGUUUUGGUGACAAAACACACAGUCAGACAUCUGCUGCGUUUAUGCAGAGGCUACCAGGAUGUUUCCAAGGUUCAGAGAUGACAGGUAAAUGAUUUUCAGUCAGCAUUGGGGAUUGGAUCUUUUUUUGCAACACUGUUGGAUUGAUUACGGGCGUGGCAAGGAGCUGCGUGAGCAGUAAUGCAUUCAAUUUAUGUGUUGGUGACAAUAAAAGCUCUCUAACAGGCUGUCUUACAAUGGUCUACCAAUGCAUUUCAUAAGCAUUUAUGGCUGCCAGUUGUGGCAUUAUUUCCUAAUGAAGCCUCUGUGCAUGAUAGUCUGGCUCCUCUUUGAAAUAUUAAAACACUGUAGUGGUACCAAAACGUUGCACUCAGUGGCCACUUUAUUAGGUACACCCAAAGGUUCCACUGCUGUAGCCCAUCCACUUCAAGGUCCGAAGUGUUGUGUGUCACUUACCUAUUACUUCUCCCUGGGUUGCCUCUUCCUUCCCUUUCUCCUAUGGUCCACUCUCCCCUCCUAUCAGAUUCCUCCUACAGCUCUUGACCUUUCCCACCCACCUGGCUUCCCCAAUCACCUUAUAGCGAGCCUCCAUCCACUACCCCCAACCUUCUUAUUCUGGCGUAUUCUCCCUUUGUUCCUAGUCCUGAAGAAGGGUCUCAGUCUGAAACCUCAAAUGUUUAUUCAUUUCCACAGAUGCUGCCUGCCCUGCUGAAUUCUGCACCAUUUUGUGCGUGUUGCUGUACUCUUCUGCAGAGCACUGUUGUAAUGCGUGUUUGUUUGAGUUACUGUUACCUUCUGGUCUGCUUGAACCAGCCUGGCUAUUCUCCUCUGACCUCUCUCAUUAACAAUGUGUUUUCAUCCACAGAAAUGCCACUUACUGUUCUUUCUUUUGCUCCAUUCUCUGUAAACUCUAGAGCAGGGUUUCCCAAAUGUUUUCCAAACCAAUAUCAUUAAGCAAUGUAUCCAUGGACCUCAGGUUGGGAACCCCUGCUCUAGAGCUGUGCAAUCUGUUGCGCCUGUAAGUCACAGGAGAUCAGCAGUUUCUGAGAUACUCAAACCACCCCAUCUGGCACCAGCAAUCACUCCACAGUCAAAGUUACCUAGAUCACAUUUCUUCCCCUAUUUGACGUUUGGUCCAAACAACAACUGAACCAUUUCUAUACAUUGAGUUUGCUGCCACGUCACUGGCUGAUUUGAUAUUUGCAUUAUUAAUGGGCAGGUGUACAGGUUUAUCUAAUAAAGUGGACACUAAGUGGAUUUGUUUUACUUAAA